AUGUGCAACGCGAGUUAUUGUGAACGCAUGAUCGAGAGAGGAGGCUUGUGCAGCGUCUUAGAAGUCUUUGCAGGACGGCUCGGCAAGUACAAGUUGUGCAGCAACUUGAAAUCGAACAAGGUAAACGAGCGUGAGUUGCAAGAAGAAAACGUGGUCAGUUAA